AAUUACUUAGAGCACUUCUUGAUUUUGAGAUUCUUUUAUAGUUGGAAUGUUUAGUUAAGCAAUAAGGUGGGGUAUUAUCGUGAUCAAAAGAAGUUUAAUUACAACUCCGUUAAUGUUUUCAGUGAUCUUGAAACUUGUUUAAUAAGGAUAUAAUAUAAUAAUAAUGAUACUUUGGAAUAUACCUAAUAUCAAAUAAUUAUAAGUAUCUAUGAUUUUCAUUCAUGAGUGGAAAAUAUAUUACACAUUUUUUUAAAUUGAAUAUUUAGUAUAGUAAUAAGUGGAUGAUAACAAAUUAAUUACUUACCGCUAAUAUGAUUCUUAAGCAACUUUUAAUCUUUUUAAGGUUAAAUUCAUUGUUUCGCUUUUUAAUAUAGUUGUAGAUAAAAAUUAGGUAUAUGGUGUUACAUGUUUACUGCUAAGGACACCUUUCUUAUUGCAGCAUUCUAUAUAUAAUCAAAACCAUUAUAGGAUAUAAUUUUUUCGUUGAUGAAGUAUACUUACCAAUUUUAAGGAUGAUGUUAUCAAGGGUAGUAAGAAAUUCGCUGAAUAAUCUGCCGAAGGCAUGUUACUCUACUGAACCCGUAGGACCACCCAAGAAUGUACUUAUAGAACAAACUAUCAAAUCUCAUGAGAAAUAUACUAAUGGAAUAAUUCAUGACAAAAAACCGAUAAAAGUUUUACUAAAAGCAGACAAAACCUAUUGGUGGUGUCUCUGUGGACACAGCAGUAACCAACCAUAUUGUAAUGGAAGCCAUUUGAAUAUUUUCAAAUGGAUUAAACAGAGGCCUUUGAAAUUCAGGGUACCCGAAACUAAGGAAUAUUCACUCUGCGUUUGCAAACAGACAAAUAACCGUCCAUUCUGUGAUGGUGCUCACAGAAAACCGGAAGUACAACAAGCUAAAUCUGUCAUUGAACAAAAACAAGAGAAGAAUAAAUGAAGUUUUUAAAUCAUUUUUAAGAUUUAGAAGUCACCUAUGUAGGUUAUCGUAUUUUUACCAUGUCUCUGUCUAGAAGAUGUUUAUAUGUGUUUUUUACAUAUUUUAUAUAGGUAAAAAUAUCUUUUUUAAAAUUGAAGUGCCUAAUCUAGUCGCUGUUAAGUAUUCUAAAUACAAAUUUUUUUAUACAUAUGUUUUGUAAUAAAUUCUUCAUUUUUUUAUUAUAAUAUGCAUAAGUUCAUAAAACGGGUAUUGCAUUGUCAUGUAACUAAUUCCGAAUGGUAUAUAAACAUAUUAUUUGCUUCUAGACACAGAUUUUUAGAUGUGCUUGUUAUAUAAUGAUUAUGUAAAUCGAUUCAAUUUUAAUUUUUUUAUGGUAAAAUAGAGCCCAGUACAUAAAACAGCAUCGAUUUGGUACACGACGUUUGAAUUCGUAAACCGCUAGAUAAAAGUUAGUUCAUCACCAACCGGUAUUUGUGGCUGUUCGUUCUGGCCGCAAAUGAAAAUGGCAGCCUGUUUUCCACGACGAGAAAUAUGUCGGAAAAACUGAUGAAAUACACGCAUGUAAGUUUUUUCAUACUACUGUAGAAACCCCGACUUAGCGCGGUGCAAUAGUGCAAUGUAUCUGGUUGGAAAAACCUCGCCAGAAGAAAUUUCCGGAAAAUCAAUACCGAAAAACCUACAAGGAGACCUUAACUACGAGCGGUGCAGUAAUGUCAGAUAUCGGGCUGGUUGGAAAACCACCCUUGCCAGAAGCAACUGGAAGUUGGUAAGUGAAAAUUGAUACGAAAAAAAUAUAUGGUACACGCGUGAAAAUUUUUAUACGCUUUUAGGGACUUUAACUAAGAACGGUGAAAUAGUACCAGCAGGUCGGAAAACCUUCGGAAAAAUUUGAGCAAUGUCGAUGUAGAUGUCAAAUCAAAAGUAAUCAAAGUCCUUACAUUCAAAACCUUUUUUUCAUGAUGCCAUUCAAAAACUCUUUUUACUACUCCACAUAAAAAAUCACCUUGAUACGAUAAAAACUAGCUGAGUAUUUUCAUAUUUGUACAGCGCGUCCGAUUUUAAGACGCGCUCACAGUUUUUGGCGCAUCACACCGCGGGCCACCAAUCUUCCUUCAGUGCGAUAACGCGCCUACGUUUGUACAUCCAGAGCGUCUAUUUAAAUUUCAAAUACUGAUAAAUCUAUAUACGUUCAAAUAAAUACAUUUUUUACUUUAGUAUUAAGAAAUGUAGAUUAUGUUUGUAGAAAUGAAAUAAAUGAUUAUAUAUAAUACAUAAUGAAAAUACCAAGAGAGUUUUCAACGUAUCAAAGUUAUUUUUUUUAUUUGGGGCAGCAAAACGAAUAAUAUCGAAUUCAAAAACUUUUGAUUUCGCCGCUCUUGGUUGAGGUCCCUAAAAGCGUAUAAGAAAAUUUUCACGCGUGUAUCAUAUCAUUUUUUUUUGUAUGAUUUAUCGAAUUUUCAUUCACUUCUGGCCCGAUUUCAGACAGACUUUGAAUCGCUUCUGGCAAGGGUUUUCCAACCAGAUACAUUUCUAGUACUAUUGUACCACGUUGAGGUUUCUACUGCAGUAUGAAAAAACUUCUUGUACUUUAUCAGUUUUUCCGGCAUAUUUCUCGUCGUGGUAUGGCUGACAUUUUAUUUGCGGUCAGAAUGAGCAGUUAGAAAUACCGUUUGGUGAUGAACUGACUUUUAUUUAGCGAAUGCUGUUUUAUGUAGUUAGCUCUCUAUCGAUAUAAGUUACAGUUUACAGUUAGAUUAAAUCAACUUUAUUCACAAAUUAAAUUAAAUUUUUUGCUUUGA